AAUGAUUUGAUAUUCUAAAAUCAAAUCAUGAAUGUUUUGUCAAUUGGAAUUUGUUUUGUUAUUGUGAAAUCCAAUCAAGAUGCAAAGAAGGAGUCAAAGACUUUUGUUAUUUUUCAAUGCUUUUUCUUUGAUUUAUUACAUGUUGCCACUUGACAGAUGCUGCACUUAAUUUGCUGCUCCUCAAUAAACAGCAUGCAGUUAUUUGUAUUUUAAAAUAAGUAUACACAACAGUGAAAAUCUUGUUGACAAAAAACUUAGCAAAUAUAUCUUAUUUAUUUUCUAGUGUUUAGUUCAAGAAAGCCAAAAUGAAUGCUGAGAUAGAAAAGCACAUUGCUGCCAACAUCAGCUUUGCAGAUCUGCCACACAGUGUCAGGCAGAUGGUUGGUGACUCAGAAAAGGAGUAUAACAAACACGUCAUACAGUACAGCAUCAGCACACAACUGCCUUACCGUGGCAACUUAGUGAGCCAGCUUGUGCAAAGUGAGCGUGGCUACUAUGAGCAGUUGGUGGAGACCAGCCGACGCCAGCUGAUGCUGUACCCGUAUCAUCUGUCUAAGGUGGUGGUGGCAGGGCUGCGCAUCACGCCCUUUGCAUACUACGAGCGCGCCAUGCGAGAGGUGAUGGCGAGUGAGCGCUCCUACGACGCCUUGCCUAACUUCACGGCCGUUGACUGCGUCCGGUUGCUGGGCAUCGGACGCAACCAAUACAUCGACCUGAUGAACCAACGCAAAUCUAGCCGCACCCGCCUCUUCAUGAGGAAGCCUGUGCGGGAGCUGCUACCAACAAUGCCGGCACCGUCAGCGCUGCAGCACAUGCAGUGGUGGUGGCGGGUGUGGCUGGGGCGUGUCACCCAGACUGACGUCAAGAGCUCGGUGACAUCAGCUGAGAAGGCAGUCAUUGACCUGCUGAUAGACAGCGGUCCCCAGACGGCAGGGGAGCUGGACAGAGACGUCAUCGUCAGCCUCUACGGGAAGGGGCUCAUUUACCUCGAAGUGGGCGUGAAAGGCGGAGAUAGAGUGAGCGUUCCUCCCCUUGAGGGAUUUGUUAUGAACCGCGUGACGGGCGAUGCCAUGGAACGCCUCAUGUACAAGGUCUUCGUGAGCCUCGACACCCGCUGCAGCCUGGACGAGCUGUCUACGAUCCUGGGGGUGCAGCCCUCCCUCGUCCAGAUGGCCGUCUCCCUUUUCUGUCGCCUGGGGUUUGCCCAGCUGGUGGAUCCCCCACCCCCACCACCUCUCCACCCCUCCUGGCUCACCCCACCCGCUGCCACCAGUGAAGCACCCACUCCACCCCUCUCGGUUCUCACCCCUCUCGACACUCCCAUGAGUGGUGCACAAAUAGGGUCAUCAGACGACGACCUGCUACGGGAGCUACAGGUCGCCCUGGACUCCUCCCUCUGCCUGGAGGGGGGAGAUGGGGAGCUCGCCCUCCCCUCCGCCACAACCCCCGUCGACAUCACUGCAUCCCUCAGCUCCCCUUAUGAUGGGGAUGAUAGAUGUGGGACGACUGGGGUUGUGCCUGCACCCCAGGACCCCCCCGACCCCAUCCCCGACCCCGACGACAAACGCAUCGCCUUCCUCUUCGACUCCAGCCUCACAGCCUACCUCAUGAUGGGCAACCUCUCCCCCGACCUAAAGACCCACGCUGUGACGCUCUUCGAGGUGGGCAAGCUGCCCGACGAAGGGCUCGACGGUCUCCUGCACGAGCUCUCCAAGAUACCCACGUGCGCUAGUGAGGGCGAGGCCGCGCGGUACUUCGCGCACGCGCUCGCCCUGCGCGACGCCAUCGCCUUCCUGCGCCGCAACCCCGACCUGGGCGACAGGCAGGGUGAGUGUAACCCCGACCUGGGCGACAGGCAGGGUGAGUGUAACCCCGACCUGGGCGACAGGCAGGGUGAGUGUAACCCCGACCUGGGCGACAGGCAGGGUGAGUGUAACCCCGACCUGGGCGACAGGCAGGGUGAGUGUAACCCCGACCUGGGCGACAGGCAGGGUGAGUGUAACCCCGACCUGGGCGACAGGCAGGGUGCGUCUAGUGGCCCUCCUAGUCUGCUGCUGCCUAGAGGCUUCCGUCUGCGGCGGGUGCCGGCCAGCCUCCUCCGCCACCGCCGUCUGCUGCUGACAGGCUGGGGGCAGGAACCCGUCGUGCUGCCGCUCCACCAGCUCCUCCAUGCUGCUAACGAAGCCCUUACCCACCACCCGCUGCUGCUGCAGGGGUACGGGUGGGAUGAAGAGCCCCUCAUCCAGCACGUCUGCCUCCCCCUCGAAGAAUCUGACGAGUGGAGCAGCUGUGCGGUGGUGCAGCGCGCGGUGCAGCAGCUGCAGCUGCACCACUGCUUCGGAUACCUGCAGCUGGUGGCCUUCCCCCGCUCCCCCCCUACAAGGCCGGUGGCAGUGGCAGGGCAGACGUGGCAGCUGCAGUGCUGCCACCUCGGGCUGCCGCUGUUCAACGAGCAGAUCUGCGCUGACGUCGCGCGCAAGAUAUCAAGACUGCGCCUCAUGCACCCGCACAGUGUGUCCCAGUUCGUGGAGGAGCAGCGCCAUCUCGUGGCCAGGCUAGAUGAGUUCAUCACCUCAUACAAGGGGUACGACGCGGCCGCCUCAGGCGUCCCUGUGGCACCGUCCGCCCCGCCCGUCUGUCCGUUGCCGACCGUCCCGCUGCACUUCGCUGAUGGACAGCUCACUGUCUGGGACGGCUUCUGAGGCAUAUAACAAUUAUCUGUAGAUUAACAGUAAAAUAUAACUGUAGUUAAGAAAAUAAGAAUUAUAUUAUAAAUCUAUUGUACAAUUAUAGUACUUCUGCAAUCGUAUAAUUAUUACUUACAUUCUGAACAACGGAGCAAUUUAAUGAUAAAUUGGUCAUCCGGUCCAAUAAUUCAAUUAACAUUCCUUAUGUUCACUUCAAUGGCCAGUCUUUAUGUAAGUUACUUGAGCUGUUCCCAUGCUUUAUUGUUUUAUUUGUGUGUUGAACCAAUUUUAAGUACAAAAUCUUUUAGUAAAUUAUUUGAA